UCUCCUCCUCCUGCUGCUGCUGCCCUCCCUGGCUGCUCCCCAUCCGCCUCUGAGCCUCCUGCUUCUCCUGCUUCUCCCGGAGCCCCCCAUCAGCCAUGAACCCCGCCGCCGAGGGGGCGGCCGAGGAAGGGGCCCUGCCCGAUUCGGAGGUGGACGCCUUUUUCCGGACAGGAUCUUUCAGAAAUGAUGGCUUAAAAGCUGCUGACGUUCUUCCCAUACUAAAGGAAAAAGUGGCCUUUGUCUCAGGUGGCCGUGAUAAACGUGGCGGUCCUAUCUUGACAUUUCCAGCACGCAGCAAUCAUGACAGAAUAAGGCAGGAAGACCUUCGGAAACUUGUGACUUACUUGGCUAGCGUACCGAGUGAAGAUGUCUGCAAACGAGGGUUCACUGUCAUCAUUGAUAUGAGGGGGUCUAAAUGGGACCUGAUCAAGCCUCUCUUGAAGACUCUCCAGGAGGCCUUUCCUGCAGAAAUCCAUGUUGCCCUGAUAAUCAAGCCUGAUAACUUCUGGCAGAAGCAGAAGACAAAUUUUGGAAGUUCAAAAUUUAUCUUUGAGACAAGCAUGGUCUCUGUGGAAGGCCUAGCAAAACUGGUGGAUCCCUCCCAACUCACUGAGGAGUUUGAAGGAUCUUUGGAUUACAAUCAUGAUGAAUGGAUAGAGCUGAGAGUCUCUUUGGAAGAGUUUUUUAACAGUGCAAUCCAUUUGUUAUCCAGAUUAGAGGACCUUCAGGAAAUGUUGGCUAGGAAGGAAUUUCCAUGGGAUGUGGAGGGUUCAAGAAGACUUAUAGAUGAACAACAGCUCAAGAAGAAAGUAAUUAAAGCUCCGGUAGAAGAACUGGACCGUGAAGGCAGAGGUUUGUUACAGUGCUAUAGGUGCAGUGAUGGUUUUUCUGGUAGGAACUGCAUUCCUGGCAGUGCAGAUUUCCAAAGUCUUGUGCCAAGAUCACCAGCCUUUUGGACAAACGCAUUCAACCGCGGGCAACACUUGCAUCAGAUGUGGCAUGCGAAAUUGAAACUGGACCAGUGCUUUCAACUUCGACUUUUGAGACAGGAUGCAGAAAAAGGUAAGAUGUUUGACUGGAUCAGCCACAACAAAGAGUUGUUUCUGCAGAGUCACACUGAAAUUGGGGUGAGCUACCAACAUGCCCUAGAUUUACAGACGCAGCAUAACCACUUUGCUAUGAAUUCCAUGAAUGCUUAUGUGAACAUAAACCGCAUCAUGUCAGUCGCAUCCAGGCUUUCAGAGGCUGGCCAUUAUGCUUCUCAGCAAAUUAAGCAGAUAUCUACACAACUAGAUCAAGAAUGGAAAAGCUUUGCUGCAGCACUGGAUGAGCGCAGCACCAUUCUGGCCAUGUCUGCUGUGUUUCACCAGAAGGCUGAACAGUUUCUCUCUGGUGUGGAUGCUUGGUGCAAAAUGUGCAGUGAAGGUGGCCUCCCAUCAGAAAUGCAAGACCUAGAACUGGCCAUCCAUCAUCAUCAGUCCCUUUAUGAACAGGUCACCCAGGCUUACACGGAGGUGAGUCAAGAUGGAAAGGCUUUGCUGGAUGUCCUACAGCGUCCUUUGAGUCCUGGGAACUCAGAAUCUCUCACUGCCACAGCUAAUUAUUCCAAGGCUGUUCACCAAGUUUUGGAUGUGGUCCAUGAGGUUUUACAUCACCAACGUCGCCUAGAGAGCAUUUGGCAGCACAGGAAGGUCCGAUUACAUCAGAGGCUUCAACUUUGUGUUUUCCAGCAAGAUGUUCAACAGGUGCUGGACUGGAUUGAAAACCAUGGAGAGGCAUUUCUUAGUAAACACACAGGAGUGGGAAAAUCUCUUCAUAGGGCACGAGCUCUUCAGAAAAGACAUGAUGAUUUUGAAGAAGUCGCACAGAAUACCUAUACUAAUGCAGACAAGCUACUGGAAGCUGCAGAACAAUUAGCACAGACUGGGGAGUGUGAUCCUGAAGAAAUCUACAAAGCAGCACGGCAUCUGGAAGUAAGGAUUCAGGACUUUGUCAGAAGAGUGGAGCAGAGGAAACUUCUUUUGGACAUGUCUGUUUCCUUCCACACUCAUACUAAAGAGCUGUGGACAUGGAUGGAAGAUCUCCAGAAGGAGCUCUUGGAAGAUGUCUGCGCUGAUUCUGUAGAUGCUGUUCAAGAGCUUAUUAAGCAGUUUCAGCAGCAGCAGACAGCUACUCUCGAUGCUACCCUGAAUGUAAUCAAGGAAGGUGAAGAUUUAAUCCAGCAGCUCAGGGAUUCAGCAGUCUCCAACAAUAAAACACCACACAAUAGUUCCAUUAGCCACAUUGAAUCAGUCCUCCAGCAGCUUGAUGAAGCCCAGGUACAGAUGGAAGAACUCUUCCACGAGAGGAAAAUUAAGCUAGACAUCUUUCUUCAGCUCCGGAUUUUUGAACAGUAUACCAUUGAGGUGACAGCUGAAUUAGAUGCCUGGAAUGAGGACUUGUUAAGGCAAAUGAAUGAUUUCAAUACUGAAGACUUGACCCUGGCAGAACAACGUCUACAGCGACACACGGAGCGUAAAUUGGCUAUGAACAAUAUGACUUUUGAGGUUAUCCAGCAAGGGCAAGAUUUGCAUCAGUACAUUAUGGAAGUCCAAGCUUCAGGCAUUGAAUUAAUCUGUGAAAAGGACAUCGAUCUAGCAACACAAGUGCAGGAGCUACUGGAAUUUCUUCAUGAGAAGCAACAUGAGCUGGAGCUCAAUGCCGAUCAGACGCACAAGCGGCUAGAGCAGUGUCUUCAGCUCCGGCACCUACAAGCAGAGGUCAAGCAGGUCCUUGGCUGGAUCCGGAAUGGAGAAUCGAUGCUCAAUGCCAGUCUUGUCAACGCAAGCUCCUUGUCAGAAGCUGAGCAGCUCCAGAGAGAGCAUGAGCAAUUCCAGCUGGCCAUAGAGAAGACACACCAGAGUGCCCUCCAGGUACAGCAGAAGGCAGAGGUAUUGCUGCAGGCUGGGCACUAUGAUGCUGACGCCAUCAGAGAAUGUGCAGAGAAGGUGGCAUUGCAUUGGCAGCAGCUGAUGCUCAAGAUGGAAGACAGGCUGAAGCUGGUUAAUGCAUCUGUUGCUUUUUAUAAAACUUCAGAACAGGUUUGCAGUGUGUUGGAGAGCUUGGAACAGGAGUAUCGAAGGGAUGAAGACUGGUGUGGAGGCCGUGAUAAGCUUGGACCAGCAUCUGAAAUAGAUCAUGUUAUCCCCUUAAUCAGCAAACAUCUGGAACAAAAGGAAGCCUUUCUCAAGGCCUGCACACUAGCACGAAGGAAUGCAGAAGUGUUUCUCAAGUACAUUCACCGAAACAACGUCAGCAUGCCAGGGGUAGUGAGCCAUACAAGGGGACCUGAGCAACAAGUCAAAGCCAUUUUGAGUGAGCUUCUACAGAGAGAGAACCGUGUUCUUCACUUCUGGACCCUGAAGAAACGACGAUUAGAUCAGUGUCAGCAGUAUGUGGUCUUUGAACGCAGUGCUAAGCAGGCCUUAGACUGGAUUCAGGAAACAGGAGAGUAUUACCUUUCUACUCACAACUCCACAGGAGAAUCAGCAGAAGAAACACAGGAACUUUUGAAAGAAUAUGGAGAAUUCAAAGUACCUGCCAAGCAAACCAAGGAGAAAGUGAAGCUUCUCAUUCAGCUGGCCGAUAGCUUUGUAGAGAAAGGACAUACUCAUGCCACUGAAAUCAGGAAGUGGGUUACCACUGUUGACAAACGCUAUCGAGACUUUUCAAUGCGGAUGGGGAAAUACCGUUACUCUUUGGAAAAAGCUCUUGGAAUCAAUACAGAGGAUAACAAGGACCUAGAGUUGGACAUCAUCCCAGCAAGUCUGUCAGAUCGUGAAGUGAAGCUACGGGAUGCCAAUCAUGAAGCUAAUGAAGAAAAAAGGAAGUCAGCCAGAAAGAAAGAAUUCAUCAUGGCUGAACUGCUUCAGACUGAGAAGGCCUAUGUCAGGGAUUUGCACGAAUGUUUAGAGACCUAUCUUUGGGAAAUGACAAGUGGAGUGGAAGAGAUACCACCAGGGAUUCUUAACAAAGAGCACAUAAUAUUUGGCAAUAUCCAGGAGAUCUACGACUUUCAUAAUAACAUUUUUCUGAAAGAGCUAGAAAAAUAUGAACAACUUCCUGAAGAUGUGGGACACUGCUUUGUCACUUGGGCUGAUAAAUUUCAGAUGUAUGUUACCUACUGCAAAAACAAGCCUGACUCCAGCCAGCUGAUCCUAGAGCAUGCAGGAACAUUCUUUGAUGAAAUUCAACAAAGACAUGGUCUGGCAAAUUCUAUUUCCUCAUACUUAAUUAAACCUGUCCAGAGGAUUACCAAGUAUCAACUUUUAUUGAAGGAGCUUUUAACGUGCUGUGAAGAAGGAAAAGGAGAACUCAAGGAUGGUUUGGAAGUGAUGCUCAGUGUCCCUAAGAAAGCUAAUGAUGCCAUGCAUGUCAGCAUGCUGGAAGGAUUUGAUGAAAACUUAGAUGUUCAAGGAGAACUGAUUCUUCAGGAUUCAUUCCAAGUGUGGGACCCCAAGUCUCUCAUUCGAAAGGGCCGUGAAAGGCACUUAUUUCUCUUUGAAAUCUCUCUAGUUUUUAGCAAAGAGAUCAAAGAUUCUGCAGGACACACUAAAUAUGUUUACAAGAACAAAUUACUGACCUCAGAACUGGGAGUGACUGAACAUGUGGAAGGAGAUCCUUGUAAAUUUGCCUUAUGGUCUGGGAGGACUCCCUCUUCAGAUAACAAAACAGUGCUGAAAGCAUCCAAUAUUGAAACAAAACAAGAAUGGAUAAAAAAUAUUCGGGAAGUGAUACAGGAAAGGAUUAUACACUUAAAAGGAGCUUUGAAAGAGCCAAUACAUCUUCCCAAGACCCCAGUGAAGCAAAGAAACAACAGUAAGAGAGAGGGAGGAGAAGAUGCUGACAGUCAAGGAGAUGGAAGCAGUCAGCCUGAUACAAUUUCAAUUGCAUCCAGGACUUCCCAGAAUACAGUGGACAGUGACAAGCUGUCUGGAGGAUGUGAACUAACUGUGGUACUACAAGACUUUAUUGCCAGCCACAGCAGUGAGCUGAGUAUCCAAGUGGGGCAAACUGUGGAGUUACUAGAAAGGCCAAGUGAAAGGCCAGGCUGGUGUUUGGUACGGACAACGGAACGAAGUCCACCUCAGGAAGGCCUGGUCCCCAGCAGUGCCCUUUGCAUUUCUCAUUCCCGGAGCAGUGUGGAGAUGGACUGCUUCUUCCCUUCAGGAAAAGAUUCUUAUUCAGCCUCCUCCAAUGAAAAUGGUGGAAAGUCAGAAUCUGUGGCCAAUUUGCAGCCUCAGUCAUCCCUCAAUUCUAUCCAGAGCUCCCCAGGCCCAAAGCGCUCAACCAACACACUGAAAAAGUGGCUAACAAGCCCUGUACGCCGACUGAACAGUGGCAAGGCAGAGAGUAACAUCAAAAAGCAGAAGAAAGUACGUGAAGGAAGGAAGAGCUUUGACCUAGGAUCUCCCAAGCCUGGGGAUGAAACCACACCUCAGGGAGACAGUGCAGAUGAGGUACAGAAGAGCAAGAAAGGUUGGGGUGAAGAUGAACCAGAUGAAGAAUCUCAUACACCACUCCCUCCACCAAUGAAGAUUUUUGAUAAUGAUCCUACACAAGAUGAAAUGUCCUCCUCUUUGCUAGCUGCUCGACAGAGCACCUCUGAUGUCCCAUCUGCUGCGGAUCUUGUCAGUGCAAUAGAAAAACUGGUCAAAAGCAAGCUGACUUUAGAAGGAGGCUCUUACCGAGGAAGCUUGAAAGAUACCACUGGAUGCUUGAAUGAAAACGUGACACCUUCAACUCCUCCUUCAAGAAACCUUGAAGAGGAACAAAAAGCCAAAGCUAUGAGAGGCAGGAUGUUUGUUCUAAAUGAACUAGUACAGACAGAGAAAGACUACGUCAAAGACUUAGGAAUUGUGGUGGAGGGAUUCAUGAAAAGAAUAGAAGAAAAAGGUGUUCCUGAUGACAUGAAAGGAAAAGACAAGAUUGUAUUUGGAAACAUUCACCAGAUAUAUGAUUGGCACAAAGAUUUUUUUCUUGCUGAAUUGGAAAAGUGCCUUCAGGAGCAUGACCGUUUAGCACAGCUCUUCAUCAAACAUGAGAGGCGAUUACACAUGUAUGUGGUGUACUGUCAAAACAAACCAAAAUCUGAAUAUAUAGUAGCAGAAUGUGGUCCGUAUUUUGAGGAGAUACAGCAAGAAAUAAACCAGCGGCUAUCUCUCAGUGACUUCUUAAUCAAACCCAUUCAAAGAAUAACCAAGUAUCAGCUGCUACUCAAGGACUUUUUAAAAUAUAGUGAAAAGGCUGGACUGGAAUGUUCAGAGAUAGAGAAAGCUGUCGAGUUGAUGUGCCUUGUUCCUAAACGCUGCAAUGACAUGAUGAACCUGGGCCGUCUUCAGGGUUUUGAGGGAAAACUGGCAGCCCAAGGGAAGUUACUGCAGCAGGAUACAUUCUAUGUAAUAGAACAGGAUUCUGGAGGGCUGUCUCGGCCAAAGGAGCGCAGAGUUUUCCUCUUUGAGCAAAUAGUCAUCUUUAGUGAACUACUUAGGAAAGGUUCUCUUACUCCUGGGUACCUAUUUAAGCGAAGCAUCAAGAUGACAUACCUAAUUCUAGAAGAAAAUGUGGACAAUGAUCCUUGCAAGUUUGCUCUCAUGAGUCGGGAAACAUCAGAAAGACUCGUCUUGCAGGCUGCCAAUCCUGAAAUCCAGCAAGCAUGGAUACAGGAUAUCAAUCAAGUGUUGGACACUCAGAGGGAUUUUUUAAAUGCACUACAGUCUCCCAUAGAGUAUCAACGCAAAGAAAGCAGCAGCUCAGCUAUAAUGAGACCACAAGCCAGCAGGGUACCCCAACCCAUCACCAGACCCUAUUCCUCAGGUCCUGUUGGGUCUGAUAAACCUUUGAAGGCGACUAUGCGUAACCCAUCUCUUCCACCUCUCAAGAUAUCUACCUCUAAUGGCAGCACAGGGCAUGAGCAGCACCAGACUGGGGACAAAUAUGAACAAAGCAAGAAUGACUUGGGCGGGUGCAAUGGGACCUCUUCUAUGGUAGUCAUCAAAGAUUACUAUGCACUGAAGGAGAAUGAAAUCUGUGUCAACCAAGGUGAAAUAGUCCAAGUACUUGCCAUUAACCAGCAAAACAUGUUCCUUGUGUACCAGCCUGCCAAUGACCAUUCACCAGCAGCAGAAGGAUGGAUCCCAGGGAAUAUCUUGGCUCCCCUCACUAAGUCAGCUACAGAUAAUAACGACGGAAGCAUAAAGAAGUCAUGUUCAUGGCAUACCCUGCGCAUGAGAAAGCGGGCGGAAAAGGAAAGCAGUGGCAAAACUGAAGCCAAUGGCCUACGUAAACCCAAGGAUAUUCUGGGCAACAAAGUCUCUGUUAAAGAGACAAACAGUUCAGAGGAGUCAGAAUGUGAUGACCUUGACCCCAACACUAGCAUGGAGAUCAUCAACCCAAACUUCAUCCAGGAAGUUGCUCCAGAGUUUCUCAUGCCUUUAGUGGAUAUCACUUGCUUGCUUGGAGACACAGUCAUGUUGCAGUGCAAAGUCUGUGGACGACCAAAACCAACCAUAACUUGGAAAGGACCUGAUCAAAACCUUCUUGACAACGACAACAGUACAGCUGGAUAUACAGUUACUUCCUGUGAGUCAGGUGAAAUCACCCUGAAAAUCUGUAACGUGAUGCCUCAAGACAGUGGUAUUUACACCUGUGUGGCAACAAAUGAACUCGGAUCAGCAUCCACCUCAGCUACAAUCAAAGUACAAGGUGUCCCUGCAGCCCCAAAUCGUCCUCUUGCUCAGGAAAGAAGCUGCACCUCCGUCAUUCUUCGUUGGCUGCCUCCAUCCAGUACAGGGAAUUGCACUAUUUCAGGUUACACAGUGGAGUACAGAGAAGAAGGUAUGAGCAUUACUUGGCUUUUUCUAUGACAGCACUUGUGUCUGCUUUUAGUUUAUGUUCCGUACCCAUUGGGUAUAGCAUAGCAGCUUGAAUGUUGGACAAUGACUCUGGAGACUGGAGUGCAAU